AUUUCCUGCUGCAAGCAGAAGUUUUUAAUCCCUUGCAUUUACUCUAAUGUUAUUUAUGAUUACAUGUACAUGUGUUUGAUGGUUUAGAUAUUUAUCUAAGAAUAUCAGUGGUUGAUCUUUCAAGUGGUGUAGUAGAACCACCUCAAGCAAUGAGAGCAUGGCUAGUUUGGACUGUUAAAGAAUUAAAACAGCAUAUAGGAGAAGCAUAUAAUCUCAAUUCAUCAUGUAUGAGAGUAGUAAUGAAGGAGAAGGAAUACUGGAGUGAUACUUCAGUCAGUGAUAUUAGUGAUGUAGGAGGUACUUUGAAUGAGAUACUCGAUAUGAGAGGACACAAUACUCUGCUGCUCUAUGUAUCAUCAGAUCCUAAAGAUUAUCAAAAAGAAUUCAAUGAUAGUUGGACGUACAAAUGUAUUGAGUUUCACUUCAACUGGAUACUAAUGGACAUUAGAAUACCCCCUGGACCUGAAGCCACACCCACUACAACUACUACAAGAAAAGGAAGAAUAACAAUGAAAAUUAUAUCAAUGGAAGAAGAAAAUAAAGGAAAAGAAAGAAAGAUACAGGUACAAGUUGAUAAGAGAAUAACAUUAGCUCAAUUGAAGAAGGAGCUAGUUCCAUUGAUUGGUAUACCACCUACUGGUUUUAGAGUGUAUAGAGUCAAUGGUUAUAAAUUGAAGAACCUGGAUGAGAUAUUAAUGAAUCUAUCUGAAUCAAAGUUGAUAGUAAGACUGGGCAGAGCAUUACAAGUAGGAGAGCACAGAAUUAAAUUGUAUUUAUUACAAGUUAACAGUAUAGAGUUUUGUGAGUUUAUGAUGGAGUCUAUUUUUACUGAGGACACAUCAGUGAGAGAAUUUAAGAAACAAAUUAUUGAAGAAGCAAAAGUACAAGGAAUCGACUGUGUCCUUAAAUUAGACAAAAUGAGAUUACGUAAGAAGAAUAGAGUGUCCCCUGGUAGAGUAUAUCUUCAUGAUAAGAUGAUUGAUACUAGUAAGGAAAUAUACGUGGAACCAUUAAAAGGACCAGAGAAGGAGAAGGAUAAAGGACAAAUAGAGGUGUAUGUUAUAAGAUGGCAUCCAUCACAAUGUUCAGUUGAUCCAACAGAAGAAAUUAUACUGGAUAUAUAUAAUCGUAUGCAUGUUAUUAAUAAGUUGUCAGAGUUAAGUGGAGUUCCUGCUGAGUAUAUCUCUUAUUCAGAGGGAAUAUCGUUUCCCGUUGGGAUAUCAUGUCUUGAUAUUGAGAAUAAGUUGAAAUGGUAUUCCAUCACUUCAUACACAUACUCAUUUGGACUACAUGAUGAUGGAUGUGUCAUAUAUUACAAAGACAAUAGAGAGAAAAUGAAAGAGUUAACAGAUAAAGAGAGAUUAGAAAUACAAGAGGCAGAGGAAGCAAGGUCAGUAAACCUCAUGUUUCAUCAUGUACAUGUACAAUCAGUUAAUGAUUACCUUUACUUUAGUGUAUACAGUGGUAUUAUACUGUAGGCUUCUGCUUUUUGUUAGUAAAUUAU